AGGAAAGAAAUAUUGGCUGAAGAUUUGUGUUUCCAUGGCUCUCAAAGACAAAACAACAUCUGGAGAAAAAGCAUUAAAUCAGAGCUUGAAUUCAGGGGAAAGUCAGCAGGGGGAGCUGAAAGACCACAACCCAUCUCAGUUGGAGAACCCUGGCAAAGCUAAGCAGAAGGAGGACAUAAGAACUGAACUUCCACAGCUGGAUGAGGAUGGGCAGCAGAGCCAGCUGAGCUCUGAGGCAGAUCAGGAGCUCCAGACUCUGCUUAGUCAGAGUAAACAGGGUGAAGUGCUCACACAGGGGAAGCGGCUGGGUAACACAGAAAGUGCUUACAUUACGGACAACACAGUGUCACAAGACUCGUGUAAUAGUGGUGACGUGCACAAUUCAGUGGCCGCUGAAAGAAUGAAGGGCGCAAAGUCCCGGAAAUCAACCAGUCCUGCUCGGCAGACCCAUGUAAAGGGAGGCACAUAUGAUUCAGAGCUGAUAAGAGUGAUGCGAGAGAGGGACGAGAUGAAAAGCAUGCUGGAUAAGUGCGAGCGGCAAAUGUCCGAGACUCAAGGCAACAUCCGGGUACUUAUGGCUGAACGGGACAAGGCCAGGGCACAAUAUCAGCGGGCUCAGGAAGAGAUAGCAGAACUCCGACGUGAGGUGUUGAAAUCCAAGGUGUCCCAGGGGUCCAAAUACAGCGUGACGGCUCAGAGUAUCCUGAAACGCGUGGAGUCUGAAAGGGACGAGGCAAUGUCUGACCUUCAUCACAUGACCACAGAGAGGGACAGCUUGCGAGAGAGACUUAAGAUCUCUCAGGAGACAGCAAUUUAUGAGAAAGCUCACAUGGAACAGAGGAUAGAGGACCUGCAGAAUGCUUUAUUGACAAUGGAGCAGGAACGAGCUGAGCACAAGGGCAGACAGGCGCAGAUGAGGGAGACCAUGAUGAGGCUGGAGGAGCAGGUGAACACGCUGACCAGAAGCCUCACUGCUUCUUAUAGUGAAUGCAGCUGCCUGAAGAAUGAAUGCAGCAUGCUCAGGCAGUCUAACACUCAAGCAGAGAAUACUUUGAGUGAGACUCAGAAGCGGCUGAUUAACAGGAUUGGAGAUCUACAGCGAGUGCAGAAAAAGAAUAAAGACCUGGAUGAAAGGAACGAUUCUUUGAUGAAGGAGGUAACAGUUCUUAAAGAACAGCUUAACGUGAUGCAGAGCACCGUUUCUGAACUGAACCAUCAUAGAGAUAUAAUACAGGAACAGCUGGAGAGAAAGAAUGACCUGCUGUGCUCUGUUAACAAAGAGCUGGAUGACAAGGAAAACUCCAUCCACAAUCUGAAAUUACACCUCGAAGAUCUUGAAGCUGCUUUAGACGCUUCAAAUGAGACACAAAGCAGCAGGGAUCGAGAGCUGAAUGCAGUGAGGAGAAAACUGAUGGAUUCGGGAGAUGAGCUGAAUGCCGUUCUGAAGCUCAAAGACGCUACGCUGAGAGAUAACACACAGCUCAGGGACGAGCUGGACCAAGUGCGCUUAGAGAACAAGUCUUUGCAGUUCAGAGUCGAUGAGGCUGGUCAUGAGAUCGGGCUUUUGGAGAGGAAAGUACAAAGCUAUGUGUCUGACAUCUCCAAUAUUGAAGACCUACUGUCCUCCAAGGAACAGGAGGUUAAGGAGCUGCAGGAGUGUCGGAUGGAACUAAGAACCUCCGAUUCAGAGAAACGCAGACUCAAAGAGAGAGUGGAAUGUUUGGAGAGCAGUCUGCAAGAGGCUCUUAGUGCUGAGCAGAGCUGCAGUGCUGAGCUCAGACAGGUAAAGUUUACGCUGGAGAAACAAGAAGAAGAGCUGCGGCAGGUGAAGACCAGGCAGUUAGACACAACCCACGACUUGGAGAAGACCCGCGAUCUCUGCUUCAAACUGGACACUGGCAAAGAAGCGGUCCAGCAGGAGCUGGAGUCAUGUCGCUCUGAGCUGGAGCUCCUGAGGAAGCACCUCGCGCUAGAGAGAGAGAAAGAAUUAAACAGACAGCUCAGCUCUCAGGAGAGGCUUGUCGAGAUCCAGCUUCUCAGAGAUAAACUUGCUGUAGCUGACAGCAAGACGAGCACUCAGUGCAGAGAAAUGGCUCAGUUAAGAACUCAGUCAGCGCUGUUAGAGGCUGAUCUCGAAGCCACCCGGAGGCAGCUGAACACAGAGCGUGAUGAAAGGGAACGAGUAGUGAAAGAGCUGCACCGGCACGGACACUCCACAUCGUUUGGCUCUCCGAUCCUGUCCUCCACACUACGCACUCCCCCCUCCACUGUCCGUCACUCCCUCAGCCCUCAAACAUCCUAUUCACCUGAGCGCUCACAUCACGCCACUCUUGACCACCUGCCACGCUCACCCGACAGAAGUGUGACGUUCAAAAACCCAUAUGACUAAGAAAGACGUGGACUGGAAAGUUUUGAAAGCACAUCAUUUGUACUGUGACACUACUACUUAGAGCAACAUUUUGCUGCUCAGGAAGAUGUUUUUUUUUUUUGGUCUCAUGAGACUGAAUUGAUUUUUUUCAUUACAUGUUUUAUU